GCCGGCCGUAUUGAUGCCAUUUACCAUUCUCUCUUCAACAGUGAACACAGUUAUAUUAAACGCAGCACAUUUUAAAGUGAUCGUUGUCAGUUACAGUGAGUCUACGUCGCAUAUUAUCCUCCCACAAAUAUAUAAACAUAAACUAAAAUUUAUUUGUUAAUUCAAAUUUGAAAUAAAUUAAUAUUUCCGUUAAAUAAUUACGUGGCAACAUGUCGAGCUUUACAAGACUCUCAAUUAUUAGAUUGCUUGAAUUGGCGAUUGUAUGCGCUAUUAUUGGUCUACAUUGGCAUUCAGAAAAUUAUGGCGAUUUACCAACACGUUUCAUAUCAACUGGUACUGUUGGUGGAUAUCUUAUUAUACUUGUGGGUUUAUUCGCUGGUGGAUUAAUGGGAACACCUGUUAACCGACGUGUUGACUUAUUCUUCAGUCUUGUCGGUUGUGUUUUAUUUGUUGCAUCAGGAGCGUUGGUUAUUGACGCAUUCAAUCAAAUUGCAUAUAAAAGUGCUGAACGUGAUCGUGGACUCGCUCGUGGAUCAUUAUGUGUUAUUGAAGGCGCACUAUUUCUCGUCGACGCUUUUUUUACUUUCCGCGGAGAAGCUUAAGCUUAUGAGUUUUUACUUUUAAUUGUAAAAAUUUUUAUUUAUAGUUUAUAUCUUUGAAUAUCUAACUAUUUUGUUUUUUUUUAAUUAUUCAUUAAAUAAUAAUAAUGUUAGUAAUUUUAUUUACUCUGAUGAAGAAAAAAAACGAUUCAAAAUGAUUAGACAUGAUUCAAAACAAUUCAAUUUAAUUCUAUAUAGACAAACAUUCAUCAUUGAGUAAAUCAUUUUUUUUCAUCAGGGUUUCAAAAAUUUAACAUCCCUUAAGAGGAAAUAAAUGAAAUUUCGCAUUUUCGUUAAGUUAUGUUUUGUUCUCGGAUAUUAAGUAUAAAUUCUUUUUUGACUGUAAAAACAAAAUUCCUAUAUUUUAAUAAUCAUUAUUGACUUUAUAUAUUUAUAUAUAUUUACAUAUUUAAUAAUAAUGUAUUUAUAUAAUCACUAAAGUACAAUGUGUUCUACUCAAAGGUCGUAUUAUUAAACUAAAAAAAGUUUUUAACUAUAUUACAGAAUUUAAAACAAAAACAAAAAAGAAAAAAAAAGGUACGAUUGACCUUACGGGCCAAGCCCAAAACUGCCCGUUAUUUUUGAAUUCGAUAAAAGUUCUAUUUUAUGUUGCAGUAAGAGAAUUUAAAAAUAAAAAUUAAUUCAUAAACAAGCAAUUUUGAAAUAUUCAUAAAAGAUUAUUCUUGAUUAACGAAUGAGUUUAGACAGCAAUCAAAACAUAGUCCUGAUAUAAUUUCUUAUAAAAUCGGGACCCGUAUACUAUAUUCUUUAAUUUUAAAUUUUCUCAGCAGGAAAAUUGAUAAUUUGAAAUUUCCAAAAUAUACAUUGAUGAAGAAUUAUAUAUAUGUAUUUUCUUACUGCAUACGUGCCAUUAUAAUAAAUAGAAAUAUAUGUAUCGAAUUAUAUUUAAAAUCAUUUAAAAAUAUAUAUCACGUUAUAUUUAAUUACAAUAAUAUAUUAAAAUGAAAUAUAUUAUCAUCAUCGCUUUGUUAAUUAACUUUAAUAA